UAUUUACGCCUACCUCCCAGCCCUUGGCAAUCUGACUAAUAACAAACUGAGCUAACAAGAAAGACUAGAAAGGGAGAAAGGAGCAUCGCUGCAGCUUGGACCCACAAACUAAGAAGGCAAGACGGACCCAUAUCUGCUCUGUGAAACAUCUUGUUUAUUUACUGCAUCCGGCAUCUUACAAAUGGUUAACUAUAUGCAAAAAAAGUCAGCAUAGCCUGGAAGUAUGCUGUGAAUUUUAAUUGGGGGAAAAAAAAAAGACAACUGCUUCAGGAUGCCUUAGUAACACUCUGUUUGAAAUAUUUUCAAUGACAUUCUCAGCAUUUUCUCUUGGGCUAGAAGUUUUAACUUUCUGAAGCAAUGAGACUUGCCUCCAAGUGAUAUUUGAGAAGAAAGUACCAGUGGUCCGGUGUUGGCUUUUUUUUUUCCAACACAGAAACAGAAUUACUUUGAACACCUCUUCCAGCUGUGUGUACAGAGAGCGUCGGGGAGCGUCUCUGCUUUAAAGAAUCUGCUUCCAGCCAAUGCCAAGAUGCAGCUGUUGAUCCAUCUCCUGCACGCCGCUCUCUUUGCUUGUGUAUCUUUGCAGUCCCAAUCUCCAGGUCCCUCAGUCAGGGGUUCUUGUGAUUCUCUUUGCAAUUGUGAAGAGAAAGAUGGCACAAUGCUAAUAAACUGUGAAGACAAAGGAAUCAAGAAGUUAUCCCAAAUAAAUGUGCCACCAUCAAGACCUUUCCACCUAAGCUUGCUAAAUAAUGGCUUAACAGUGCUCCACACAAAUGACUUUUCUGGGCUUUCUCAUGCCAUCUCAAUACACCUUGGAUUUAACAAUAUAGCAGACAUUGAGCCUGGUGCAUUUAAUGGCCUUGGCCUGCUUAAGCAACUUCAUAUCAAUCACAAUUCUUUAGAAAUUCUUAAAGAGGAUACCUUCCAUGGAUUGGAAAACUUGGAAUUUCUACAAGCAGACAAUAAUUUUAUUACAGUGAUUGAACCAAGUGCCUUUAGCAAACUCAAUCGACUUAAAGUGUUAAUCUUAAAUGACAACGCUAUUGAGAGUCUUCCUCAAAACAUAUUUCGAUUUGUUCCUUUAACCCAUCUAGACCUUCGUGGAAAUCAGUUGCAAACUUUGCCUUAUGUUGGUUUUUUAGAACACAUUGGCCGAAUAUUGGAUCUCCAAUUGGAGGAUAAUAAAUGGGCCUGCAAUUGUGACUUACUACAUCUAAAAAUCUGGCUGGAGAACAUGCCUCCUCAGUCUGUAAUUGGAGAUAUUGUAUGCAACAGCCCUCCGUUACUAAAAGGGAGCAUAUUAAGUCGACUGAAGAAGGAAUCUAUUUGCCCUACUCCACCGGUGUAUGAAGAACAUGAAGAUCCUUCUGGAUCGUUACAUGUGGCAGCAACAUCUUCAAUAAGUGCUAGUCGCAUAUCAAGCAAGACCAUGUUGAUUUUAAAACCACCCACAAAGGCACCGGUUUUGAUACCUUAUAUUACAAAGCCAUCCACUCAACUGCCAGAACCCUACUGUCCUAUUCCUUGUAAUUGUAAAGUCCUAUCCCCAUCGGGACUUCUCAUACACUGUCAGGAACGUAAUAUUGAAAGUAUCUCAGACCUAAAACCCCCUCCUCAAAAUCCUAGAAAGCUUAUUCUCGCAGGGAACAUUAUUCACACAGUGAUGAAGUUUGAGCUUGUGGAAUAUUUCACUUUGGAAAUGCUUCACUUGGGAAACAAUCGUAUUGAUGUUCUUGAAGAAGGAUCAUUCAUGAAUCUAACAAGAUUACAGAAACUUUAUCUAAAUGGAAACCACCUGACCAAAUUAAAUAGAGGUAUGUUUCUGGGACUCCAGAAUCUUGAGUACUUGUAUCUUGAGUACAAUGCAGUUAAGGAAAUCUUACCCGGCACCUUUAGCCCAAUGCCUAAACUUAAAGUCCUCUACUUAAAUAACAACCUGCUACAAGUUUUACCACCACAUGUGUUUUCAGGCGUUCCCCUAACUAGAGUGAAUCUUAAGACAAACCAGUUUUCCCAUCUACCUGUCAGUAACAUCUUGGAUGAUCUUGACUUCCUGACCCAGAUUGACCUUGAAGAUAACCCCUGGGACUGUUCCUGUGACUUGGUUGGACUUCAACAGUGGAUACAAAAGUUAAACAAGGACACAGUGACUGACAACAUUCUCUGUUCUUCUCCAGAGUAUCUCAACCACAAGGAAUUAAAAGCUCUCAACACUGAACUUCUUUGCCCAGGUUUAGUAAAUAAUCCAUCCCUUCCAACCCAGGCUGGUUACAUUAUUGUCACUACUCCUGCAACGGCCACAAACACAGCUGGUACUAUUUUAAGAUCCCUUACCGAUGCAGUCCCGCUAUCUGUCCUCAUACUAGGGCUUCUGAUUGUGUUCCUAACGAUUGUGUUCUGUGCUGCAGGGAUAGUGGUUCUUGUUCUCCAUCGCAGGAGAAGAUAUAAAAAGAAACAAGUUGAUGAGCAAAUGAGGGACAACAGUCCUUUGCAUCUUCAGUACAGCAUGUAUGGUCAUAAAACGACUCACCAUACAACGGAGAGACCUUCAGCCUCACUCUAUGAGCAACACAUGGUAAGCCCCAUGGUUCAUGUCUACAGAAGUCCAUCUUUUGGGCCAAAGCAUUUGGAAGAGGAAGAAGAAAGGAAUGAGAAGGAGGGGAGUGAUGCCAAACAUCUCCAGAGAAGUCUUUUAGAACGAGAAAAUCACUCACCACUCACAGGGUCAAAUUUGAAAUAUAAAACAACAGACCAAUCAACAGAAUUUUUACCUUUCCAGGAUGCCAGCUCAUUAUACAGGAAUAUUUUAGAGAAAGAAAGAGAACUUCAGCAACUGGGAAUCACAGAAUACCUGAGGAAAAACAUUGCCCAACUCCAGCCUGAUAUGGAGGUACAUUAUCCUGGGGCUCAUGAAGAAUUGAAGUUAAUGGAAACUUUAAUGUAUUCACGUCCAAGGAAGGUAUUAGUGGAGCAGACUAAAAAUGAAUAUUUUGAGCUCAAAGCUAAUUUACAUGCGGAACCUGACUACUUGGAAGUCCUGGAACAGCAAACAUAGACGGAAGUUGGGACGCUUUUACAGAAAUACUGUGAUUCUGUCUUAAGCCCAAACCUUGUAUGUAAGUGCCUUAUGUGACUGUGUCAUCAAUCAGAACUAAGCACAGCAGUAAUCCUUUUGGG